AUGUUGCAACAGGAAAAUAUUUAUCAAGUUGUAAUGUUAAUUAUAAAACAGGUAUUUGCUGGUGAAAAAUUUCCAGAUGAAGAUGCUUUAUGGUAUGCGACUACUAGUCACAACUUCCAGCAUUGUACUUAUGAUGAUGGCUUUGAUUUGACUCAUAAAGUAACCGGUAAUAAAUUAGGCAUUAAUUCUAGUUAUAGGUCUCCUACAACUGGACAUUUUGAAGUAAAUUGUAGAAAUGGAAGUAGUUCUUUAAAUUGGAUAAAUACUAAUACAACAAAUAAUAACGCACCUUACGUAAAAGCAAAAGAUGUAAUUGCUUUAAAAUGUGGUAUUUCUAUUUUCCGUAGUCAUGAUUUCACAUUUACAAUUGGAAAUAAAACUUUUCAAGAAGUCGUUGGUCACAAUGAAAGAAUUGGUGGAAAUGAUGAGUGGCAAAUUGAAAUUGUUUAA